AUGGGCUACAUUCGACAGAAUCAACUCCCGGCCUUGAAGGAGUACAGAUACUCUGCCGUGGACCGAUCGCUCAUCUCCAAGUACAUCCUCAAGCCCUUCUACACCAAUGUCGUCAUCAAGUGCUUUCCGAUGCGCAUGGCGCCCAACCUCAUCACCCUGACGGGCUUCAUGUUCAUCGUGGCCAACGUCUUGACGCUGCUGUGGUACAAUCCCACCCUCGACCAGGACUGUCCCGGCUGGGUGUACUACAGCUGGGCGGUCGGCCUGUUUCUCUACCAGACCUUUGACGCUGUCGAUGGACAGCAGGCUCGCCGCACGAGACAAUCCGGCCCGUUAGGCGAACUAUUCGACCACUCGGUCGACGCGCUCAACACGUCCCUGGGCGUCCUGAUCUUUGCGGCGUCGCAGAACCUGGGACAGAGCUGGCGCACCGUGGCGGUGCUCUGCACAUCCCUGCUCACCUUUUACGUGCAGACGUGGGACGAGUACCACACCAAGACGCUGUCGCUGGGCCUGGUCAACGGCCCGGUCGAGGGCGUGCUGAUCCUGGUGACGGUGUACGCGCUGACGGGGUACCUGGGCGGGGCGCACUUCUGGCAGCAGAGCCUGCUCGGGUUCCUGGGGGUGUCGGCGCCCAGCGGCGGCGACGGCGUCGCCUCGAUGCUGUACGGCAUGUCCUUCUCGGACUGGUACCUAGUCGAGGGCGGCGUGGUGCUCGUGUACAACACGUUUGAGUCGUCGCUCAACGUGAUACGCGCGCGGCGCGCGAGGGGCGACCGGUCCCGCGGCGCCCUCCUGGGCCUGGUGCCCUUCUUCGCCGUCUGGGCCCUCAUCGCCGCCUACCUGUCGCUGCAGCCCGUCAUCCUGCGCAGCCACCUGGUGCCGUUCACGCUGUUCGCCGGCGUCGUCAACGCCUACAGCGUCGGCCGCAUCAUCACCGCCCACCUCGCCGGGCUGCCCUUCCCCUACUGGAACGUGCUCGCGCUCCCCGUCGCCUGGGCCGUCGUCGACUCCCUAGGCCCCCUGCUGAAGGACCGCCUCGGCUUCGGCUGGCCCAGCGCCCUCGGCGACGGCGUCUACCAGGUCGCCUUCGUCUUCCUCAUGCUCGGACUCGCCGUCGGCGUCUACGGCAGCUUCAUCGUCGACGUCAUCGUCACCGUAUGCGAUUACCUAGACAUCUGGUGCCUCACCAUCAAGUAUCACUACGACGAGGACGGAAAGAAGAAGCUGUGA